AUGGAAUCAGAGAUAGUUUUGCCACGCUCAUCUGUUAAGGCGCUAGUGAAAAAAUACACCAGCCCAUCUUUAAGAAACAGUUCUGUUGAGAUAUCCGACGCAAUAGGAGGGGUUGCACUAAGUAAGAAUAAUUUAGCGUUUAUCCAUGAGCUUGUCUCAAAAUCCUAUUCUGACUGCGUAGCAAAAGGAAAGAAAACAAUUGUGCCAGAUAAUGUUUUUGCCGCGCUUGAGUCAAUGCACUUCCCUAUCAAUAAAGAAGAGCUUGAGAAAGAAAUCGCUGCAUAUGAAGACAUGAAAUCAGUAAAAUUAACUUAGAAUAAGCCAAGUUUGCAGCUUAAGCUUCAGAAAUCAGGAAAAUCUCAUGAUGAGCUCAUCGAAGAACAAGAAAAGCUUUUAGCAUCAGCCCAGCAAAAUAGUCAAGCAGAAGAGAGAGAAAUUAAGAUGACUGAAGAUGUGGAUGAGUAUGAUUAA